AUGCCUUUCCAUCAAAUCUCCUACUCUUACCUUCAUCCCACCAUCUGGAAACGAGGGAACAGAUCUACUUUCGCUGAGGCCACAGUGGCGACCAGCCUGGCACUGGCACGAGAAGGGCAGGCACAAGAUCAAGGUGUUGACAUUGUUGCUUUGCAAUACCUACUUGACAAUAUUAAAUAUGCAAGCCCACAGCAGGACAGUUCGUGGAGAGAGGUGCCUCAGCCCCCUGCUCCUCCUUUGGUCGCCAGCAUUAAUCUGAUCCUCUCACUCCUCCUCCUCUUUAGAGCAACCCCGCACCCCUCCAAGUUCAUCCUCCCUUCAAUCAUCGGACGCCCGCCCGCCUCUGGAUUCCCUCCCCCCCCCUCGAGCCAGCACGAGUUGGGCAUAGCCUGCAUAAUGAACCAUGCCCAAACCGGUUCUACCGCAAGCUCAACACAGUGCCAAUUCGGCGGUCCCAAGGUGGGCGGACAGGCGGUCCAGAACGGCGAGUACAUCGAGCGUUUCCCUCCUUAA